CACCAUCAUUCAAUUGCUGCUCGCAGUGGUGAGCAGAUAUCAUGCAUCCGGCUUUGAUCAUUCUGUCAGUUGUGGUGACAGUCCACAUAAUCAACCUGAUCGGACGGGAACGAAUCGAAUCAGCUUUGAAACCAUUCUACCUACGCUUAUUCAAUGCAAAAGAUCUACAACAACAAAGACAACUCAAGAAAGACUUGUUCUCAACUCGACAACAACUCAACCUUACAAGCAGUCAAGAUGAAUUCGCAAAAUGGGCAAAACUAAGAAGAUCGGUGGACAAACAUGUAGCACAACUCGAGGCAACAAAUGCUCGUCUUGCAGGUGCUUCUUCUUCAGUUUCCCUCUUAGUUCGAGCAGUUCUGUUCCUUGGCACAACGUUGUUCCCAUUCUGCCUCACGUUCUACUUUGGAAAAACUCCAAUGUUCUUCCUUCCACCUUCUGGAUCGCCAACUGUCGCUUCUUCAGCCGCCAGAAUCUCAUACUUACCCACACGUAAAGCACCAGGAGGGUUCGAGAUCCCACACGAUGCAACGCAUGCCUGGAGUAUGGUCAACGAAACAUACCUUGGUCCUUUGGGAUGGCUAUUGGCAAUGACUGCCGCUCCUCGUGGCUCAGUAAGUGCGGGAAUGUGGUCAACAAUCUGUACUCGUGUGAUCCUUUUGAUCACGAAGCAGAUCAAAGACCUCUUCGUCGCUCUCACUUACUCUGACCCAAUCGCAGCCGAAAAGAAAUCGGCCAGCACGCAAAACGAAAAAGUAGAAGCAAAGGCCACAUCCUCUGCUAUAGAUGAAAAGACUGAUUCCAGUGCACGGAAACGUAAUGUAGCCACAACGGCAAGUGAUUAAUAGAAUGCUCAGAAUACUCUCACUCUUCGCUUGCGUGCGUUCAAUGCUUGUAUUGCUAGUAGUAUGAGAAUAUGAAGUGCCAAAGGAAUGACAGUGUAUGACGGUAAGGAGGAGCCUAUGAAUG